AUGGGACCUAGUAAGCAGUCUUCUGGUUUUCUAGAUACUUUAAAAAUGGAGAGGGUUAGAACAAUCCUAACCCAUACAUAUCCUUAUCCCCAUGAGCAUUCACGUCAUGCCGUAAUUGCUGUUGUUGUGGGUUGCUUGUUUUUUAUCUCCUCCGACAACAUCAAUACUCUUGUAGAGAAGCUAGACAACAAUAUUAAGUGGUGGUCUAUGUAUGCCUGUUUACUGGGUUUCUUCUACUUCUUUUCAUCUCCAUUCAUAGGGAAGACUAUUAAACCAAGUUAUUCAAAUUUCAGUCGGUGGUAUAUAACGUGGAUUUUUGUGGCAGCUGUCUAUCAUCUCCCAAAAUUAAAAUCAAUGGGAGUCGAUAUAAGGAUGAGUCUGUCUUUGGGUUUUAAUGUAUUUGUCACUUCUGUCCUCUUUCUUCUUUUCUUCCAUAUUGUAUUUAUUGGCCUUUGGUACAUCGGUCUUGUGUCACGUGUAGCUGGAAGGAGGCCAGCAAUUUUGACAAUCCUCCAAAACUGUGCUGUUCUUAGCGUAGCCUGCUGUAUAUUUUACAGUCAUUGUGGCAACCGAGCUGUCCUGAGAGAGAAACAACUGGAACGAAGAAAUUCUUUGUCUUGGUUUAAUUUCUGGAAGAAAGAUGAGAGAAAUACAUGGCUUUCUAAAUUCCUUCGAAUGAAUGAGCUGAAAGAUGAGGUCUGCUCAUAUUGGUUUGCUCCGGUGGGAUCUGCUAGUGAUUAUCCUCUUUUGUCCAAGUGGGUCAUUUACGGUGAGUUAGCAUGCAAUGGUUCAUGUGAUGGUUCGUUGGAUGGAAUAUCCCCAUUAUACUCAUUAUGGGCCACAUUCAUAGGCCUGUAUAUUGCUAAUUAUGUGGUGGAGAGGUCAACUGGGUGGGCUCUUACUCAUCCUUUGUCUUUAGAAGAACAUGAGAAGUCAAAGAACAAGCAAAUGAAGCCUGAUUUUUUGGAUAUGGUUCCUUGGUAUUCAGGAACAUCAGCUGAUUUAUUCAAGACUGUUUUUGACCUCCUGGUAUCAGUAACUGUCUUUGUUGGCCGGUUUGACAUGCGUAUGAUGCAAGCAGCAAUGAGCAAGAUCAGUGAUGGAGCUUCCCAAGGGGAUCUUUUAUUUGAUGAUUUUGUUGAGAAGGAUGGUCUAUGGUUUGACUUCAUGGCUGAUACUGGCGAUGGUGGUAACUCGUCGUAUUCUGUGGCUCGGCUUCUUGCUCAGCCUUCCAUCAAUGUUAGCAAAGAUGAUUCUGUACUUAACCUACCACGUGGAGACCUAUUACUUAUUGGAGGAGAUCUUGCGUAUCCUAAUCCAUCAUCCUUCACCUAUGAAAGGCGUCUCUUUUGUCCGUUUGAGUAUGCUCUUCAGCCCCCUCCAUGGUCUAAACAAGAUCAUAUAGCUGUAGAUAAACCUGAGCUACCUUGUGGUGUGUCUGAACUGAAGCAAUAUGACGGGCCCCAGUGUUUUGUCAUUCCUGGAAACCAUGAUUGGUUCGAUGGACUUAAUACAUUUAUGAGGUAUAUAUGUCAUAAGAGCUGGUUGGGUGGGUGGCUUAUGCCUCAAAAGAAGAGUUAUUUUGCUCUGAAACUCCCUAAAAGAUGGUGGGUGUUUGGUCUUGAUCUGGCACUCCACGGCGAUAUUGAUGUAUACCAAUUUAAAUUCUUCUCAGAACUAGUUAAAAACAAGGUAGGUGAAGAUGAUUCUGUAAUCAUUAUGACACAUGAGCCAAACUGGCUUCUUGACUGGUACUGGAAUGAUGUUUCUGGAAAGAAUGUCGCGCAUCUCAUAUGCGAUCAUUUGAAAGGAAGGUGUAAGCUACGAGUGGCUGGAGAUUUGCAUCAUUAUAUGCGUCAUUCAUUUGUUAGGUCAGGGGAUCCAAUUCAAGUGCAACAUUUACUUGUAAAUGGUUGUGGUGGGGCUUUUCUACAUCCCACACAUGUAUUUAGUAAUUUUAAGAAACUUUAUGGAGCAUCGUAUGAGACCAAGGCUGCUUAUCCUUCAUUUGAAGAUUCAAGUAGGAUUGCUUUAGGAAAUAUUUUAAAGUUUCGGAAGAAGAACUGGCAAUUUGAUUUCAUUGGUGGCAUUAUAUACUUUCUAUUGGUCUUUUCUAUGUUCCCUCAGUGUAAGCUCGAUCAUAUCUUGCGAGAGGACUCAUUUCCUGGUCACUUCAAGUCUUUCUUUGGAACAGUCUGGAAUGCUUUUGUGUACAUGCUGGAGCGCUCUUAUGUGUCGUUUGCAGGUGCUGUUGUGUUGCUGAUUGUGGCAAUUACAUUUGUCCCGUCGAAAGUGUCUCGGAAGAAACGGGUCAUGAUUGGAGUUCUUCAUGUGUUUGCGCACCUGGCCGCAGCUCUGAUUCUUAUGUUGCUGUUGGAACUGGGUGUUGAGAUGUGUGUCCAGCAUCAACUACUAGGAACUUCAGGUUAUCACACAUUAUAUGAGUGGUACCGGACAGCUGAGAGUGAGCACUUUCCUGAUCCAACAGGCCUUCGUGCUCGUAUAGAACAGUGGACGUUCGGUCUUUAUCCAGCAUGCAUCAAGUAUUUCAUGUCUGCAUUUGAUGUUCCAGAGGUUAUGGCAGUCACCCGGAACAAUAUAUGCAAGAAUGGGAUGGAAUCACUCUCUAGAUUGGGUGCUUGUAUAUAUUAUGCUUCUGUCUUCCUUUAUUUUUGGGUCUUCUCUACUCCAGUGGUUUCUUUGGUUUUCGGCAGCUACCUAUAUGUUUGCAUUAACUGGUUUCACAUACACUUUGACGAAGCGUUCUCCUCCUUGCGAAUUGCUAAUUACAAGUCAUUCACUCGGUUCCACAUCAAUACUGAUGGGGAUCUUGAAGUGUAUACUCUUGCAGUUGAUAAGGUUCCGAAAGAAUGGAAGCUGGACCCUGAUUGGGAUGCGGAGCCAAAACAGCCACAACAGAUGAGCCACAGGAGGAAGUUUCCUAGUAAAUGGAGUGCAAAAGCUGCUCAGCAAGACCCACUACAUAAUGUUAAGAUAGUUGAUCACUUUGUAAUUCGACAAACAGAUAACACUGAUAUAGCAGGAAGUGAUGGGUCAGUAAUUUGCUGAUCCUGGCUUGCUCUAUUUGUAACAUUAAUGUAGUACCCUUCCUUAGUUAGCAAUGAAAGAAAAGAAAAUAGAAGAAUUAGUAGCU